AUGGCAUCAGCAAUACUAAUAGGUUGUACCGGACUAGUGGGAUCUCACAUCCUGCGAAAUCUUAUCGCCAGUGAGGCCAUCGCUUCAAUAAGCACCUUCUCCCGCCGCAGCCCCUCAGAGGCAUUGUCAUCAGAUAAAGUCCACGCCUUUGUCUCUUCAGACCCAGCCCAGUGGCUUGCCCAGAUCACGCGGCCUUCCGCAAGGCAACGACCCACGAUCUUGUUCUCCGCGUUCGGGACGACCCGCGCCGCUGUCGGCGGCAGCUUCGAGGCCCAAUCCCUGAUUGACCACAGCCUGCAGCUCGAGCUCGCACGGGCCGCCCGGCAAGCGGGCUGCCGGGUGUGUGUCCUGGUCUCUUCGUCCUUCGCCAAUGAGCGCUCCUGGGUCCCUUAUGCACGGAUGAAGGGUCGCAUUGAAGCCGAUCUCAAAGCGUUGCAGUUCGAGAAGACUGUCAUCCUCUGUCCCGGGAUUAUAAUGGGGAAUCGUGGUGAGAGCCGUCCUGGGGAAUGGCUCGCACAGGGGCUGGUGCAGGGCAUUGGGAGUGUGGCUCCUUCUUGGAGAGAUACGCUUGGUCAGGAUGCUGGCGUGAUUGCUAAGGCUGCUUUGAUGACUAGGCUAAGGGCCCUGGAGGGCGGUUUGGGUGGGGCAGAUGACGGUUCCCGGGUGUGGCUUGUGGAGCGGAGUGAUAUCGUCAAGGUUGCGAGGAUGGAGCCAGUUUCUUAG